GAUGAGUUUCACUUUUAUCAAUUUAUUUUUAAUUCCAUCAUUUUCUAUGUAUAAUUUUGUAAAAAGAUUUAAUAUAUUUUGUUCUUCUCCAUCCUUCCGAAAUUUCUAGAGCCACAUUAUAUAAGAUCCAGAAGCCAGUCUUAUCUAAUUAAAUCAAAACUUCUCUGGGUGCACGCACAUGCCGCCUGCCAAUAUGCAGCUUCCAAGAAAGUCUUCAUUGAAUUCCGUUAUUCCCCUACGGUGGCUAAACUUGCGUCUGCUUCUUCUACUUAUUCUAUCAGCAACUACCGCCUUCUCCGGCCAAAUUGUCAAGUAUCUUCCAGGAUACGAUGGUGAACUCCCAUUCAAACUCGAAACCGGAUACAUAAGCGUUAAUGAGUCGGAGCUGUUCUACUACUUCAUUGAGUCUCAAGGCAAUCCGGAAGAGGAUCCUCUAUUUCUUUGGCUGACUGGAGGCCCGGGCUGUUCUUCGUUCAAUGGAUUAAUCUACGAAAUCGGUACUGCAUUCUUGUCGAUCUUAUAUUAUUUUGUUUUGUCCAACCAACUCGGUAGUGAUAAUAUUGAUUGAUCGUGUUCGUAGAUCAUCAAUAGUUACAACGAGUACUUGUCUCACUCUACUAUCACCAUAGAAUUCAUGAAAAUCAAGUAUGAUUCGGUGGGAGAAGAGUGUAGAGACACAAGUAUGAUUAAUCAACCCACCAUAAAGGACGAUAGAUAAUCGAAGCUAAAGUUGCAAAUUAUCUAUCUGUCCACGCAUUUUGACU